AUGCCGUCAACUUUCUCAUUUCGUGACUCUCUGGAUGAACCUCCUCACAUCACCCUUGGGAGAAAGGCUUGGCAAUGGUACAUGGCCAGGAGGCCCCAUCGCACAACCACGGAAUGUAACCUUUGGAGAUGGGUUAUAAAAGAGAUAGGUCCAGGCCGUGAGUGCAAAGAUGUCUCUCGCAAGCAUAGGCAACGAGAAGGUUGGCAAGUCCCCAUCUCUUACCCACCCACCACCGAGGGAUACAAGCUUCUGCAGGAACACAUCGCCUUCCAAUUCGAUCAAUGGUUCAUCAACGAGGCCCACUGCAAGAUUCCGGUCGUUUCAUCGCCAGAGCCAGAGCCGAUCUCUGUUCGGGUCCGCAAGUCAAUCUCCAACAUCUUGAAGGGCGGUUCGUGGAUUUUGGACAACAACGAUGGUAAAUUGGCUCGCUCUACUGCUUCCAGAGAGGUUACACCAGAGCCCUGUGCCGAUUCCAAACACUUCAUUCGCACCUCGCUGUAUCCAGCCUGGAAGGUUGUUUGCGACUUCCACAGACGUGAUUCGGCUGAGGUUUUCUGCUUCGACCUGCCAUUCGAUCACUCCAAUCUGGCUUUUGACAUUGUCGAUGCCAUGGCCAGCUGCCAAUGUCCGCAGGCAAAUUUCCGCUUGGUGCUAGACAGUUCCAAGUACACCGAUCAUCAAAUGAUAGAUCUCCUGACGACUGACCGGUCGCUGUCAGCGGACAAGAAGCUGAUUGUCGAAGUCACUGACGGAAGCGUCGAGGCUCGGACCACUCUUAUCAAGCAGAUUGGCAAUUUGGCUUUCAUCAUCGAUGGAACCACCAACUCCUGCAUCUUGCAAGCUAUCCGCGACCCUGCUGUUCACUUCUCUCUCACUGGUAAAAAGGGUGAGGCGCCCAGACCAUGGGGGAUCUUGAAGUUCAUCGUAAAUUGGGAGGACAGAGGCUUCUACGAACGCGCCCUCGAAGCGACCAAAAACAUACCGAGUGGCCCAGCCCGCAUACCACCCAAGCCUACCGCAAGUCCGUCCUUUUCCGUGUAUCGCGAUUUGCCCGUGCUCAAGUCGACGCAAGGUCUCCCAGUUCCACUACGGCCUUCGCCAACCACCAAAUCAGAAUCAAGGCCGCUACCUGACGAGGCGGUUCAAUCUGGUACUUCGGACGGCGGUGGCUGCGACGAUGACCGCUUCAGGCUUUUGUUGGCUUUAUGGCUUGAAAGAAGGCGCCCGAUCGAAGACAUUGUUGAAGAAAUUUGUCCAGACUUUGAACUAGAGCCUGAUGAUCGCCUGCCAGAGGAAGCGAGAUUGGAGUUGAUGGAGGCAUUACUGGAUGAGGACUUUGAUGAUCCGUCUGAAAUCCUCGCUGACUUUUAUUUUGACACGCAUUUUAUCUAUAGUGAACUCGAUGUCGAUCAGCGAUGGGACAGCAUCGGGGCACGCAUGAAAAACCUCCAACAAACAAAGCUUGAAGGCGGCUUAAAGGGUCGGAUGAGAGGUUCCGAGUCUGCCACAUUUACGCCUCAGCAAUUGUCCAACCCGCAAGCUUUCUCGACGUGGGAUGAUCCAGAGCUCCUUCGCGGUGACGAAUUGGUGGAGCCAUUGGAGCAAGGCGGUGUACUGCUUGAGAACCACUUCGACCGUCGAUUCCCUGAUAUGUUCAUUGAUCUGGUUUAUGACGUUCGGUAUCGGUGGAUGGAUCCCGGGUUCGGUCAGAUCUUCAAUCCCACUUUCUACUUUUGCAAGCAUGGACCUAGUGGAUCGAAAGACGACAUGGCUAGCUCCAUGCCACGCUUCAAGCAUUCUUCCUUUGAUGUUGAAAGGAGACAUUUGCAUGAUUUGAAGCCGUUAGGAACGACCAAACCUCCUUCGGCCUUAACUGACAUCGGACCUACUCAGUCCACACCCUCAAUAUUUGGGCCUGAUCGUCCGGGAGUUCACGCUCUCUCCAAGACCUCGUCUUCACAGUCACAGUCCUUUAGCCCGGACUGGGUGCAUUUAAAGCACAGAAGGUCACGGUCAGCUCCGGCUAUUUGCCAAAACCAAACAUUCACUCCUGUUGGCACAGCAGCAAAGCCGGAGAAGGAACCGUCGUGUUCCAGUGCAACUAUAGUUGUAAAGACCUCCGGCCAAGGACCAGAACCUUUAGAUCUUUCACCUGAAACACAGAAAGCAGACCCCUCACCCGGAAAUAACAUGUUCACUGAGACACAUUCUGGCCAACGGUAUCCAACACCUUGA